CUUUAUAUGUCAUGUCAGCUGAUACACAAAACAUUUAUAAAUAAAGCGGGAAAUAAUUUAAAAGGUUAAUGUUUUGUUUUUAUAAGAUAAUAUGGCAACAAGAAAAGCUUCUGCUUCGGCUAAACAAAGUUCUUUAAUGAAUUUUGUAAAAAAGAAUCAAGUCAACAAUGGAGAGACCAAGAGAGAAACAAAUGAGCCGGCCUCAGAGAAGAAAUCUAAGUUUGUUUGGAAAUCGAAAACAUCAUCAUCAGCUGCAACAAAUGCAACUUGGACUCCACCGUUCAAAACUAAUCCUGAAAACAAAAAGCAAGAUGAUUCAUUGACCAAUGGCAGGACAUCACCAAGUUUGUUAACAAAGCGCAAUAUAAAUAAUUUUGGAAGUGCACCACAAAAUAAGCUAAAUGAAAUAGAAAAAUUCGAUGAAAACCAAAGCAAUGAUAUGUUUGAUGCUAUGGAUGUGGAUAUUUCAUUCACCGAAAAAACUCCAUCACCGGAAAAUAUUAACAUAGCAAAAAGGAUUACACCAAACUCAUCAAAUAAGAAGAAAAUCACAAAUGAAAGAAGAUUACAUACACCGAAAAAGACGAGUCCAGUAAAAGAUAAGGAUCCGCUAAAAAACUUGAAGCUAGAUAGCUCCGUAUUAAGUCUGAUAAAGAAAAUAUCAUCACAUCCUGCUUUAAAAAAAUCCGAAAAGGAUGAAAACUGUGAUAUUAAUAACGAUUUAGAUGAUUGUAAAUCAAUGUACAUAGAAUUAUUAGAAAAAAUAAGUAGCGCAUUUGAUAGAAUACCGAUUUGUAUAAAAGAAAAAUUUCCAGGAUACGAUUCAAAAGUUUAUACAGAAAUGAAACAUAUAAGUGCUAAAUUAAAAUGUAUUAUUAAUAAAAAAUCACGUAUAAAAACAUCACAAGAUAAUACUGAAUCACAUGUUAGUGAUGAAGAUACAGACGAUGAUUUUGAUUUGGUAUCAAGUAAAUUAAUUAAUAAAAAAAAAUCAAACAUAAAACCUGAAACAUCAACCCCUGAUAUAUUUAAUAAUACCAAUAAUAAACAAAAUAAAACUAUUUAUUCAGAAAUUAUAGCUAAAAAAGCUUUAUCUUUUGAUGCAGCGUCACCGAUACCUAAUAAUCUAGAUUCUAGUAUGCAAUCAGACUUAGACAGUACUAAUACAGAUAGUGUUAACAAAAGUAAAGGUAAAUUCGUAUUUAAAAGACCGUCUAAAAUGAACGACGAAGUUAAACCUAUAAAAGAUGUACCAUCUAAUACGUUAGAAAGAUUAAAGAAUGCUGCAGAAAAUCUUAAACCAUUAACUGAAAUAAAACCGAUAAAAUUUGUGCCGAUAGAAAAUAGUUCAGUUAAAUUUCAAGCUCAUAUAAAUAGCUCUUUGGAAUUUGAUGAAUCAGACGUAAAAGAUAAUGACGUAAUCGAUGACGUAGAUUACGAAAUACCUAUAGAUAUGGACGAUGAAACAGACAUACAAGAAAGUUCUACAACUGUUAUAGAUGUAAGUGAUUCAGUGCCAAAUAGUGGAACUGUUAAUAUUAAUAAUAAAGACAUACCUAUAGAUGAAGAUGGAUGGCCAGAAUAUAGAGUAGAAGAUUUCGAAGACGAUGUACCAAUUGAAAGAGACGUAAUAGAUUUGAUGGAACAAUCAGUUGUUAAGGAGACAAAAUACGAAGGGAUGGGUGAUUUUCAUGCAGGAACACAAAAUGAUGGAAUCACAGGUGAAUUUGACGGCUCAGACUACCCUCACUCUGUACCUAUGAUGGAGAUGUUCAGAGAGAAGUUCGGUCUGAAGUCCUUCAGGCCCAACCAGCUGCAGGUCAUCAACGCCACACUGCUCGGACACGAUUGCUUCGUGCUUAUGCCCACAGGCGGCGGUAAGUCGCUGUGUUACCAGCUGCCGGCAAUACUGAGCCCGGGCGUGACAAUAGUCGUGUCUCCACUCAAGUCUCUCAUACUCGACCAGGUCAACAAGCUGCUCUCACUAGAUAUCCCGGCGGCGCACAUGUCCGGGGACGUGUCGCUGGCGGCGUGCGACGACAUCUACCACAAGCUGUCGCUGCGCGAGCCGCCGCUCAAGCUGCUGUACGUGACGCCGGAGAAGAUCAGCAACUCGCCCAAGUUCCAGGCCAUGCUCGACACAUUGUACGCCCGGGGAAAGAUAGCAAGGUUCGUUAUCGACGAGGCUCAUUGCGUGUCUCAAUGGGGGCACGACUUCCGACCUGACUACAAGCGGCUCUUCAUCCUGAGGGAGCGGUACCCCACCACCAACAUGAUGGCUCUCACCGCCACCGCCACCCCGCGCGUCAGGAUGGACAUCCUGCACCAGCUGAAAGUCACCGCUUGCAAGUGGUUCCUUUGCAGCUUCAACAGGCCGAACCUCGCCUACAGGAUUCUGGAGAAACGACCCAAACUUGUCAAUCAGGAUAUUGCCAAUAUUAUCAAGGAGAAAUUCUUUAGAGACUCGGGCAUAGUGUACUGCUUGUCGCGCAAGGAGUGCGAGCUGGUGACGUCAGAGCUGCGCAAGGCGGGCAUACAGGCGGCCGCGUACCACGCCGGACUCGCGGACAAGAAGCGCGAGACUGUGCAGGCCAGCUGGGUCGCUGACAAGUACAAAGUUAUCUGCGCGACGAUCGCGUUCGGUAUGGGCGUGGACAAGGCGGACGUGCGCUUCGUGAUACACCACAGCCUGCCCAAGUCAGUGGAGGGGUACUACCAGGAGGCGGGACGCGCCGGCAGGGACGGAGACCUCGCCACCUGCCUCAUGUACUACUCCUACAGCGACGUCAUGAGGUACAGGCGGCUGCUCGACUUGGAGCGCAACGCGAGUGCGGAGUCAAAGCGCGUGCACGUAGAGAACUUGCUGCGUAUGGUGGAGGUGUGCGAGAGUGUGACAGAGUGCCGGCGUGCUCAGGUCCUCUCAUACCUCGGGGAGAGGUUCAACAAGGAGGAGUGCGCGAAGGAUCCUCUCACAGCUUGCGACAACUGUCUCAGCGCACGCUCUUACACGCCGGUGGACGUGACGGAGGAGUGCAAGGUGAUAGUGCGCAGUGUGCGUCAGCUGAGCAGCAACAGGACGAGGUUCACGCUGCUGCAGCUGGCCGACGUGCUGCGCGGCUCCAACCAGCAGCGGCUGGCGGAACUGCGCGACACUCCGCUGCACGGCAGAUGCAAGUCGUGGGAGCGCGGCGCGGCGCAGCGUCUGCUGCGUCAGCUGGUGGUGCGCGGCGCGCUGGCUGAGCGCCUCGUCGUCAACAACGACAUCGCCACCGCGUACCUGCAGCUCGGACCUAACGUCGACAAACUGAUGUCAGGCGGGUUACGUGUGGUGUUCCCCAUGAAGACGGAGCGCAAGACGAGCCUGACAGCGCCUGUAGCCAGCACCGCGACCUCACACACCACUCACAUCAGCGCACUCAUCAAACGCAUCGAGGAGCGAUGUUAUGCUGACCUCGUGGAGGCUUGCAGGGAGAUGGGUGCAGCUCGCGGCGUGUCGCUGGCGGCGGUGUUCCCGCAGGCAGCACUGCGCGCCAUGUCGGUGCGGCUGCCGGAGAGCGCGGCGCACAUGCAGGCACUGCCGCACGUCACACGCGCUAACUACGACAAGUACGGCGCACGACUCCUCACCAUCACCACCGCCUACUCGCACGAGAAGAUGGGUCUUUUAAUGCAAUACCAGGACGAGUUGGAGGCUGAGGAGAAGAAGGAGGAGGAAGAGUUCAAGAGCACUGAGUCUGGUUCGGAGGUGGAUUGGGGCAGUGAGGCGUGCGCUGCAUUAAGGGAGUCCGGUACACCUGCACGACGUCGCACACCACGCGGCAGACAUCAGCGCACGCGGGGAGGUGUCAGGAAGAGAUACAAGAGCAAGCGCUCGUCGCCCGGCAAGAGGAAGGCGGUGCGGGGAGCGUACGCCGCACGUGGAGCUUCCGCCGCUGCUGGUGGCAGUAGACUUGGCAGUAUGCCUGUACCUCGCAGCAACACCGCGGUGUCACUCAACACCCGCCCUGGGGUCUUCAAGACCUCCAAACUUAACCUCAUAUGACCCACCAAACAUAAUAUUCAUAAAGUUUUGUUAUUUUUUUAUAAAAUGUACUAAGAUAUGUUAUCUCGAUAGACUGAUGACGCUAUUUUAAAUUAAAAAAUAAAAUUAUAAGAUUUAACAAGAACACAGUGUAAAAUUAAAUAGAUUUUUUUUUAUUUUUAAUACAUUUUCUCUGACAUUAUUAUUAUAAGUUGUGAUAUAUAAAAUAAAAAAGCAUUGCACAUUUCACAAGAAUUUAACAACUGAAUUGUUCUAGCUAGUUCUCUCUUUCACACUUGUACUUUACUGAUGCAUUCGUCUCUCUCACUCCGCGUACCGCGUGUGACGUACCACGUUAUUAAUAUAAAAGUUAAAAGCAUGACAUAAAAAUUUGUAUAUUUUAAAUGAAUUCGAAUA